CCAUACCAUCGGCAGCUUGAGCAGACCGUCAGCCAGCUGAGGAGGGAUUUGGAUGCAGUUCAGAGGGAGGUGGUGGACUCUGCCUCGGGGCUCCAGCGCCAGAGCAGCGACCUCACCCAGUGCCUCCGGGAUCAGGACGAUCUGCGCCAGCGACUCGGUAGUGUGUCCAAAGUAUCGUUGGAUACCCAAGCCCGUGUCGAUGAUCUCGUCAAGACAGUGUCAAACCUCAAGGGCACCUUGGACGAAGAGCUGGCACCACGAAAAACGCACCUUCCUUCCACACAUGAUACAUCCCACAUCCUCGGUGCUCCCUAUGGCGAUUUUAGCGACGUCUCUGCAAUUCACCACGAGCCCGUUCCCAGAACUCAAACCUCGUCCAAAGACGACAAUCUGGGUCCGAACGCCGCUGCUGCAGUGAGAAAACUGAUUGGCGAUGCUCAAAAGAGCCUCGCGGAGAGCCUCGCAGCCAAGGUCGACACUGCUGUCCUGGAAGAGCUGAUGCGCCAUCUGUCAACACGCGAAGAGCUGGAGCGGCAUGUGGAGGGCCGGCUCAAGCUAGCCCUGUCCAAGCUUAAGCUGCCAGCCCAGUCGACGAUCAAUACACUGCUCAAGCGUCUGGAAUCCAAGAUCAGCCGGGUCCGGGCCGAUGUCAUGAAGCAUACCGACCGUCUUGGGGCGCAGUUGUCGGCCUCUGCUGGCUCUGGCUCGCCCAUCAGCCAGACACGCGAGCUGAUCGAAGACAUGGUCAAGGACCACACAAUCGACAUUCGGCAUGAGCUGGAGUCUAGAUUCAAUCAGCUGAAGCGCGAGAUACUCACAGACCAUGCCCCCGAUGAGCCUCUGCAUGCGCGGCAAAAGGGCGGCCGAGUUAAGAAGAGCCCCCUGCGAUCGGAAAUCCGGGAGUACAUCAACCGAAAGAUGGACGACGAACUCCAUCGGGUUGAAGACGAGCUCGCCGAAAUGCGCCGGCUGGUUCAGGACCUCGAGCCCCGCCAGGAAUCCGACGGCUCCGAGGCACUGCCCGUCAGAGACACUGAGUCCUCGCGGGAUGAACUGGAAGCAGUUGAUACAGCCGUCAAGGGACUGCGGCGGGAGUUUGACGAGAAGCUGUACAUGAUCUGUUCGGAUCUCAGCUCCUGCAAGCUGGCCUACCAACAGAGCCUCCAGGAACCCUUCCACAAAUGCGCACGGUGGCUGUGGAAAUCUGGGGCCCUCAAGUACGGCUCGGCGGUACCCUGGAACUAUGAAACCUUGAACACAGACCCCGACAACUUCCGCUGGGAGCAGGACCAAAUCAACAUCCGCAUCGCCCAGCCGGGUCUGUACGAGAUCGCAUUUGCAUUUUUCACCAAGGCAAAGCCGUCGAUCCAGCUUGUCGUAAACGGCGAGUCGGUGCUCUCGGCCAUCAACUCGGCGUCGUACGUCGUUCACCACUCGUCGGGCUUCAUCACGACUGGCGACGGGAAAGUGCAAGAGGGAACCGUUGCGGGCCUCAGUUUGCUGGACUUUCUGGCGCUGCCGUCCAAGUCGACCAUCUCUCUGCACUAUCAUGGGGGCAAAAAGAACUCGCUCGGCCACGGAUUCCUGUCGCUCAGACAGCUCUUCUAGACACCCAAUAUACACUGCUAGAUCCUCCCCGUGGGCGAGCGAUGUGGCCAG